UUUGGGGCUUCUCGGCUUCUUCUGCUGGUCCGGGGCCUCCUUUGUGCUGCGGAGUGAGAACGAGCGGCCGAUUAUUGGUAAGUUGAAGAGCGCUGAUAUUGCAGGAGCAGCGAAGAUGACAGUUAGCCGUGCAGGACUUCGUGCUUUCAGGGUUAAGAAAGGAGAACAGCGGGCGUGUUUCUCCGUGAGUGUGUGUGUGCGCGUGUGAGUGACAGAGAGAGAGAUCAAUCUCGCCUCCUCCCAUCCCUUGCUUUUCCGAACAAAAAGCGAUGUUUACACAGUAGCCUUCGACGUGGCUUCAGGACCUAAAUGGAAACGUCUUCUGAGUCUUCGCGGUGCUUUUUCUGGACGGGUGCCCGAAAGGAAGGCUUCUUGCCUUUAGAGUUGAUCCUUACUUCGGCUAGUAAGUCUGGUCCUCCCACUGAAAUCCGUUACUUUGGCUUCUCGGAGGAACUACUAAGGCGAAUAUUAGCUCAGGAAACAGAUUUUAAAAGUUUUCAAAAGUUUGGAAGUUCUUAUAUUGCUGCAUCAUAUGUGAAAUUCAUCGAAUCAGCUGGAGCAAGAGUAGUACCAAUAAGAUUGAAUCGUUCCUAUGAAGAGUAUGAUAAGAUAUUCCAUGGUAUAAAUGGAAUACUUUUUCCAGGAGGUGGUGUUGAUCUUAAGACUUCUGAAUUUUCCAAAGUUGCUAAGAUAUUCUAUAAAAAAGCACUAGAGGCCAAUGACAGAGGGGAUUAUUUUCCAAUAUGGGGGACAUGCCUUGGACACCAGUUGCUCGCCUAUCUCACAAGUGGAGAAGACUUGCUCACUUGGACUAAUACAGAUGGCUUUACAAUGCCGCUGAAUUUUACUCAAGGUGCAAAGCACAGCAAGAUGUUCCAGGAUUUUCCUGAAGAUAUAUACAAAUUAAUAGCUUCAGAGCCUGUGACUUCACACUUUCAUUUCUGGAGCCUAUCUGUGCAGAACUACACUGAAAAUGAGAAACUGCGCAACUUUUAUAAGAUCUUAACAACUAAUUUUCAUAAUGUGGAGUUCAUAUCCACCAUGGAAGCUUACAGAUACCCUAUUUAUGGUGUUCAGUGGCAUCCAGAAAAAAAUCCAUUUGAAUGGAAAAAUUCAACUGGCAUUCCACAUUCCUCGGAAUCUAUAAAAGUAACAUUUUUCAUAGCUGAGUUCUUUGUCAAUGAAGCCCGGAAGAGCAGUCAUCAUUUUUCCAGCAAAAAGGAUGAGACCGAUGCACUGAUUUAUAAUUUUAAUCCUGUUUUCACUGGGAUCUUUUCAUCCUUUGACCAAGUUUACUUUUUUGAUUAAAUUUCCAGCCUGAAGAACAGCAGAAGUAGAUUUUAAAAUGACUUGAUGUUUCUGUUUUAAAUUGAUACAAUGUAUUGUAAAGGGCAAAAAUUCAGGUUGGAUAUAGCUCUUUGUAGAAUUUAUUUUUCCAGUCCUUUCUGUAGAAUCACUCUUUAUGUUCUAAGGUGGCUAAUUUGGGGAAAGCUUCUGCAUCAGCUUCAUUGAGAUUAAGUAGCUUGUUGUGAAGGUCCUUAAUUCCAUGAAGCUUGUGCAGGAAUAUUUGUAAGUGUCCCCAACAACUGUUCAACUCAAGGACAAGGGUUAGGACUCCCAUAUCAGUUCAAUCAAUAGGAAUGGAGCAAAAGCAGCACCUAGUGGUGUGGGGAUUAUCGCCUAACUGCUGCAAACCAAACAGGAUUUGACUUACCAUCCCACAUUGCGUGCUUAGUGAAGAGGGGAGAAGGUCUGCAGAAGUGCUUGCCUGACCCUCAGUAGAAAUCCAGGUGCUGCUCUUUAUCAUAUCAGGGGAAUUACUGAGUUGGUAAAUGCUUUGCCAGUUGUAUAUUUUAUCUUUAAACCAUGUUUGCACUGACUGCACAUAUGUCAUUUCUGUGACUGAGAAAUUGCACUUCUCCAUUUGUGUUAAUUUAAAAAUCUUAUUUAAUGGAAGAAAUUGAAGAGGACAGCCUUCAUGUGAAUGGGAGUAAUGAUUUUUCAUCUUUCAUCAAAGAACAUCUGCUACAAUUGUUUCUGUCCAGUAAAUAACAGCUUGGUAUAAUACUUCUCAGGUAACGAGUCCAUGAACAAAGGAGGUUUCUCCUUGGACACACAAAGGAGACAGUUUUGCAUAUUCUGAGCCUCCUGCUGGAAUGCCUUUUUAAUCUCAUAUCAUCAAUUUGCCAAUUGCUAUCAAGUCCCUUCCCUUUCUUAUAGCUCUCUAUAUCCUAGCAUGUUGUUUUACUGUUUGGAGCAGUCAUCAUCAUCAUGCACCCAAAUGAUGUCCUAUUCUUUUAAUCCCUUUCUUGAGAUCCCCUUCUUUGAUACAUCUUUCUUGGAAUAACGUUGCACUUAAAAGUUUGAUUUAGAUCUUGCUCUUUGGUCUGCCACAAACUCACUGCUAUAGCUCAUACAGUUUAAGGUUUACUAUUAUGAUAGAUAGAUGGUCCUUGGUGAGUCCCUGAGCCUCAUUAGUUUUCCCUCUCCUACGCUUUAAUCAGCUUGCUUCCUACUCAUAAUCACGUCCUGUGCUGUCCAGCCACUUUAAACUGAUUGGAUUUGUACAAUGCUAUGGAGAUCACUGAUACUAAGUAAGCUGUUGUUUUCCAAACCAUCUUAUACAUGUCUCAUCUGGGGAUCAUGGAAACUAAAGUCCCAACACAUCUGGGGGGCAUCUUCUUGUGGAGGGAUGAAUUAAAUGCUGCUGAGCGACCUUUUUUGGCCUUCAGGCAGCACUUUCCCUUAUGCUCUGCCAGCUGGUAACCUCAUGUGUUCACUUGAGUAGGUAGGCCAACAUUUUCAGAUGCUUUCUUGUGUUUGAGGAUGCUUAUAAAGCUUCAGAUAGCAUUUUACCCCCUAAAACUCACCCAGAAUGGGAAAAGCACUCAAUUUGCCUUUUAACUGCAUUCCAGCCCUCUUAAAACAGAAUCUAGCAUUUCAGCUCAACCUACUCUAAAAUCCAUAGAGUGGCUGCUGAAGAGUGACUUUCAUCCCAUUCCAGGGUUAUAUCGGUCAGUUAAUAUCAUUUAACUAGAUAAAUGGUGCUUGGGAUUUUCUUUUUUUAAGUACCUACAAAAAUUUGAAGAUCAGGGAAUCCCUCUUCUAAGAUGCCAUAUUCUCUUAAUUUUCCCCAUGAAGGUUUUGGCUUUACUUAAAAUUUAUGCAGUUUAGAUCCAUGGUUUUCUAAGAUUUCUGUUUGACAACUAAGGUGCUAAAUAGGCUUAGGGGCAGUUGUGGAUUUUUAUCUAUAGUACAUUGAGCCCUGAAAUAAAACAUUCCAAGAUAAAAAAUCACUGAAUAUUAGCAAGGUUUUUAUAUGGCACAACAAAUAUGCAACUUUGGAAACCUAGAUCCCUCUUCUGAUACAUAGAUGAAGUAUUUGUGACUGAAGUUCUUUUCUUGGAUAAAAUAUUAUGCUAAUGCCAUAAAUACAUGUAUGUCUGCCAGUAUAGCCUAGUUGGGGGGGGGGGGCGGGGGGAGGAAUAGCUGCGCUUUUAACGGGGUAGAGGUUUUCUCUACAUAAGUGAUUAUGAAAACCUUUCAUGUUGAUUAUGCUAAUGUGAAUUCAAGAUCAGCUUUUUAAAAAAGCAUACAGGAUUAUUUUUCGUCUGUGUUUUGUAAUCGCACUUUAUGUAUAGACAUUUAUCAUUAAUAUGCUGUAAUAAGCCAGAGUGGGCAAUCCACAGCCUAUGGACCAGGCAUGAUCCACAAACUCUGUUUUUAUUUGCUUUUUGCAGCCCAGCUGAUUACACUACUAAAACCUGGUGACAAACACCAAAACUGAUGAGGUCUUCCAAAACUUGAAAUAAAGGCUAACUUGUUUAGAAUGGUCUUAAGCAAGAAACCUGUAAUCUGCCUCUGAUCCCCCCUCCCCUGCAAACUGGGAUAAACCAGUAAAAUUAUUGUGGCCAUUUAGGCUGAUAAAAAAGUUGGUCCCAAUACGCUGGGAUCAAAGCUGAAUUACUGAAUGAGAGGAAGUAAAUGUGAAUGUAUUUUAAUUGUUACUUAGUUUGUUUAACUUAAUACAGUUAUUCCAUUUUAUUUUUUCACUGUAUAUUUGAUUUCAAGCAGAUGGCCUUGUAGUCUCUGCUGAAAUAUCUUUAUUGCUGUAUAAUAAAGGAAAUGCAACUUAACAGUGCUUUUGAGAACCAAAUGUGUACAAUUUCUUCCUAUCUUCUUAGCAUGCCUCCAUAUGGGUAAUUUUGAUUAUCAAAAAGGAUGAGGGGAAGGAUAGCUACUC